GUCAAGGCUCACGCAGCUUCGCCCGCCCCUCAAGCGCUUCUGCGCGCCAAGCUGAUUGAAACGGCUCUAUUUUCCACACCACCCGCCCUUUCUCCUCAUUCUCUGCUCGCCUCCAGUCCGCCCUACGUCUACUCACUCUCUGCAUCCUCGACAUCCCCCGCCCCGACAUGACCGCUUAAGACAGACCGCUUAGCCACAAUGAGCAGCAUCGACUCCCUCCUCAACCCGGACGCCGGCCUGCAGCGCCGCCCGUCUGCCACCACCACGACCGACGACGCUGCCGAUGCCCUGACGACGCUGGCGACGCUGGGCAGUGGACAGCAGUUCGUGCCCGCCCCGACGCGCGAGCUGCCUUCGCCAACCGCCUCGUCCCACGCGCCGCGACGCACCAGCAGCUUCGGCUCCCACCACGCGCCCGUCGAGCCCUCGCCACCCCUCGACGAGCCCCAGGUGCACUCGCCGACCCUCGAGCACUAUCAUCAUGGCUCCAAGUCCCCCGAGGAGCAGAAACGCCGCCAGUCGCUGCUGUCCAGGACCUCACCCGCCCCAGUGCUCGCGCCCAUACAAAAUUUGUCCUCGGCCCUGCAAGAGCAGCUCGAACCUGCACCUGAUUCGCACAAUGGAAACGCCAACCUGCCUUCACCUCAGCCUUUUAUCAAGGACGAGCCCUCUGGUACACCGCGCGAACACACUCCUGCGAUUACCGCCUCCCAAACCGAGCGGCAGAGUUCCACGGAAGAUGGCACGCGGUCCGUCACGCCUACCUCGAGGAUACCCAAGUCGGCGGGCAGCAGGGCUAUGAAGAAAGGCUCGCACGCCGGCACUCCACUUUCUGGAUCCUCGCCCGCCCCCGGCCACGAGCACGCUUCCGAUGACGACGGCGAAUCAUCCGAAGAUCACAACCUCUACUGCAUAUGCAAGAAACCAGACAACCACAAGUGGAUGAUUGGAUGCGAUGGCGGAUGCGACGACUGGUUCCACGGCGACUGCGUAAACAUGCGACAGGUGGACGAGGAACUGGUCGACAAGUUCAUAUGUCCGCAGUGCGAGGAGAACGGCAGGGGCAACACAACGUGGAAGCCAAUGUGCCGGCGGGACGGAUGUCGAAAACCAGCGCGACUCAACCACAGCAGGGAGAGUAAAUACUGCUCCGACGACUGCGGAGUUCUCUUCAUGCAAGAACAACUCCAACGCACAGCAGGUGCCAAGGGCGCCAAUGGAACAAAGGAAAAGUCCAAGAAGAAGAAGAAGCCUGUGGAGAGUGAAGGCGCAGAGGAAGAAGAGCCAACCCCGCUCGGCGGCACACUACGAGCCAAGGACCUCAAAGCCCUCGUCGACGCAUCGCCCAACAUCCAAGCCUUCAAGAACCUCGGAACCGGCGUCCUCACACCCCCACAAACCGCCUCCCCAUCCCGCGCAACCUUUCCCUCCAAUGGCGAAGACCUUGCUCUCACUGCUGGCGAGAUCGAACGUCUAACCGCCUUACACAAAGAGAAGACCCAACUAAAAGACCGACUCGAAGUCCUCAAAGACCGCGAGAAGUUCGUCAGCAUGGCCAAAGAACAAGCCGUCCGCCUCGCCGACCGCGAAAAGGUCAAAGCGAAGGAUUUCUGCGGCUACGACUCGCGGCUAUCAUGGUCCGACGCCGAGUUCCUCCUCUGGCGCAACAGCAAACACGGUCGCGCUGCUUUCCACCACUCCACCCUCACUCCCACACCCGAACAGAUUUCUUCCACGCCCACACCCGCGACCAACGCCACCGAUGCGAUGGACAUCGAUGUCGAUGACAGAGAGACUGCGUGCUUGAAGAAGCGCUGCCAGAAACAUCCUCAGUGGCAGAAGCUCAAUUUGCAGGAUGCGCGCUUUGAAGAGCUGGAGGUUGUGGAGGCGAUCAAGGAGUGCGAGAAAGAUGAGCGGAGUGUGAGGGAGAGGGCGAGACGGAGGGGCGCGAAGGAUGGGUUGGCUAAGGAGUUGACGGCUGGUGAGGAUGGAAGUAAGGUGGAGAGGAAUAGGGAGGGGUGGGUUGAGGUUCUUGCGUCAUGA